CUGUAGCUAAAAUCACCCCCUUUGUCGGCAAAAAUGGUACUUUCCAGGAAGUCUCGUACAAUGUGCCUCUUUGAUGUUUUGUUUCGUUUGUUUAGUGAAACAAUUCAAAGUUCCGUCCGGAUAGCUGCCGACUGAAAACCGCAAAACUGUUUCUUAAAAAAUGCUGGACGGUUACAGAAAAUUUAACUGCAUUUAGUGCUCGUAAACAGCUGAAUAACCAGCUAACGGUACCUGAGCCGCCUGCCAUUCAGCUAUCAUGCCAGACUGGGUCACUUUGUGUGCGGUCAUUAGCUUGCUGUUAAGUCUUCUAACGGUAGCCUGUUACUUUUUCUACUCGGGACUCCUGUCAGACAUUACCGUACUAACUGGCUCUCCUCCCAUAAAGAAGAUUACAUUCGCUUACAAAUUCAAAAAAGGACCGUACAAAAACUGCAGACAACUUUUUAAGGAGUCUUACAGUAUUGGACCAAAGCUUUCAUGUAUCGGAAUAUUUUAUGAUGAUCCUAAAAAGGUGCCUGGACCUCAGUGCCGCUAUGCUGUUGGCAGUAUUCUGAGUGAGGGAGAAGACAAGGCCAAUGAGGAGCUUCUAAACUGCUAUGAGACAUCUGGCUUUAAGGUUUUUUCCUUUCCUGAAGUCACACACGUGGUCACUACCUCGUUCCCCCACAGGACAUUUUUCUCUGUCCUCUUGGGAGUAAGAAGAGUCUACCCACGACUAGACCACUACAUCAAGGAAAGGAGGCUGUGUGCACACCCGUUCCUUGAGAUCUACAGAGAAGGUCUGAUCCAGUUCAUGGCCCCUUUGGCUCGGCAGGGAGAUUUCUAUGUGCCUGAAGUCCGACAGGCAGAAAGAAGGCUGUCAGAACAAGAGGAAUCAUAUAGUGACACAGACAUCUCAGGUGCAGACUCAAACAGUGAAUACAGCUCGGGGAGUGGGAUUCUCCUGUCAGACAGCAGAGAGACGUCCCUGGCAGCGUCCUCUGUCCACUCUGUGCCUGUCCAGGAUCAAGGGGAUAGAGAGUACAGAGGGAGAAGCUCCAGGGAAACCUCAUUUAAAGAGCUGGACUGGGAACAGACUGAUGAACAACAGGAAGAGAGACAAGAGCAGCUUCAUGGAGACUCUGACCAGAAGAGUACGGAGGUUCCCACUCAGAAGUGGUGGGGUGUUGUUGGAGGCGAGGAGUGAAAGUCCAGUCAGACUUCUUAUUGUCAGUAAAUCCCAUGAAAAGACCAAAACCAACAAUGUUUUUUUAGAGACAUAAAUCUUUAAAAAAUGGUCAUGAAUGUAAACUUUCAUUUUUUUAAAAGGUUACUAAUUUCCUAAAACAGCUGGGCACUGUGGUUCUUUGCAAACGUUACUCAACAGGAGUAAAUAGUGUAUUUGUUGGGGGAUUAUUUUUUGGAUGAAUACACAUUUGGUGCUCUAGUGAGUAUUUACAGCAACAGGGAGGCGUAUUUAGGACUGAUUCAAAAUAAACCACAGUGCUCAUGUUUGUGGUAAUAAAGGAACAUUUCACCUAG